AGGGAGCCCAACAGGUUGGAAAUGUGACGCAUGUACCCGAACCCACAAGACAAUACACCUACGUCCCGAAUUACAAUACUUGCAGAAUACUGCGUUGCCAGAUGAAAGAGCAGUCAUGACGUACGUGUCAUCGUAUUAUCAUUGCUUUAGUGGCGCUCAAAAGGCGGAGACGGCAGCUAACCGUAUUUGUAAAGUGCUUAAGGUGAACCAGGAGAAUGAGCGCCUCAUGGAGGAGUACGAACGUCUUGCAAGCGAUCUUUUGGAAUGGAUACGCCGGACAAUGCCAUGGUUAAACUCUCGCCAGGCAGACAAUUCGUUGGCCGGUGUACAAAAGAAGUUAGAAGAAUACCGAACCUAUCGUCGCAAGCACAAGCCGCCACGUGUGGAACAAAAAGCAAAACUCGAAACAAACUUCAAUACUUUGCAAACAAAACUUCGCUUAUCUAACCGUCCGGCAUAUCUACCGACCGAGGGCAAGACGGUCGCUGAUAUUUCGAAUGCUUGGAAAGGACUGGAGUUAGCGGAAAAGGCAUUUGAAGAAUGGCUUCUUGCUGAAACAAUGCGCUUGGAACGCUUAGAACAUCUGGCGCAAAAAUUCAAGCACAAGGCUGAUGCUCAUGAGGAUUGGACUCGCGGAAAAGAAGAGAUGUUGCAGUCUCAAGACUUCCGUCAAUGUAAAUUAAAUGACUUGAAAGCCCUCAAGAAAAAGCAUGAGGCUUUUGAAUCCGAUUUAGCUGCUCAUCAGGAUCGUGUCGAACAGAUUGCGGCAAUUGCUCAGGAAUUAAAGUAA